UUGAAAGGGUCUGGAGGGGCGACCGGCCUGGCACAGAAGGGAAGGAAGAGAGCGGGAUGCUGAGGGCCGUCUGGGGAGCCGGAGGGCCUGGGGCGGGCGGGGCUGCUCGAGGACAGCCGAGCAGAAAAGAAUUGAUGCUGAGGCACCACCUUUGGAGCCGCCCUCGCUGCCUGUCCUUCCCGCUGGGCUCACUCCCCGCUUCUUUCCUGGGGCUUCCUGGAGUCACUUCCCACAUGAGCUGCUUGUCCCCAAAUCUUGCCUCAGGGCUUGCUCCUAGGGGAACGCAGACUCAGACCGUCCUCCUUGGAGAAGUAAGGCUGCCUCUGCUGAGUCUCCUGCAGUGGACGGAGGAGUGAGGGAGGCGAGGAGACGCAGUGGAGUCUUGCUUUGUCUCCCAGGCUGGAGUGCAGUAGCGUGAUCUCAGCUCACUGCAACCUCUGCCUCCCAGGUUCAAGCAAUUCUCCUGCCUCAACCUCCCCAGUAGCUGGGACUACAGGCGCGCGCCACCACGUCCAGGUAAUUUUUGUAUUUUUAGUAGAGACGGGGUUUCAUCAUGUCGGCCAGGCUGGUCUCGAUCUUCUGACCUCGUGCUCCGCCCUCCUCGGCUUCCCACAGUGCUGGGAUUACAGGCAUGAGCCACCGCGCCCGGCCUGAUUUCACUUUUUUUAAGGAAACGACAUAAUUAUAUGGAGAAACGACUAUCCACUUUGAGGGAAGGGACGUUUUAUUUUUGUGAAGAGAUCACAGUAAGAAACGUUUUUAGGCCAGACACGAUGGCUCAUGCCUGUAAUCCCAGCACUUUGGGAGGCCAGGGUGGGAGGAUCGCUUGAGGCCAGGAGUUUGAGACCAGCCUGGGCAACCCAGUCUCUACAAAAAUUUAAAAAAAAAAAAAAAAUGCUGGGUGUGGUGGCACACACCUGUAGUUCUAGCUGUUUGGGAGGCCGAGGCAAGAGGAUCGUUUGAACCUAGGAUUUUGAGGCUGCAAUGAGCUAUGAUUGUGCCACUGAAUGUCAACCUGGGUGACAGAGCGAGACCCUGUCUCAAAAAAAAGUUUUCAUGCAUACCCAACUAUCUACCAAUCAGGAAGCCGAAAGCACAACCAGUACCUUCCCAGGAGCAUGGGGAGGCCAACCUCCUGGGCAGAGCAAGGAGAGAAUGGGGAGUGGCGUGGGUGGUGCCGUGAGCGGCGAAUGGGAUGGAAGCUUUCAGCACAAUGCUAUUUCUAACAAGGUUCAGCAUUCCAGUAUCUCUUUUCACAAAUAAAACAUUUACUAACCA